AUGCGUGCACGACCUCAGGCGUUGGGCAUCAAGACACGCCUCAAAGCUUUCAGAGCAAUGGUACAACAUGUUUACUAUGUAGCCAUGGGGAAAGAGAAGAUUCACGUGAACGUUGUCGUUGUUGGACACGUCGACAGCGGCAAGAGUACCACCACUGGCCAUCUCAUCUACAAAUGCGGCGGUAUCGACAAGCGAACAAUCGAGAAAUUCGAGAAGGAAGCCCAAGAAUUGGGGAAAGGCUCCUUCAAGUACGCAUGGGUGCUCGACAAGCUAAAGGCCGAGCGUGAGCGAGGUAUCACCAUCGAUAUUGCGCUAUGGAAGUUCGAAACACCCAAGUACUACGUCACCGUCAUCGACGCCCCAGGGCAUCGUGACUUCAUCAAGAACAUGAUCACUGGUACCUCGCAGGCUGAUUGCGCUAUUCUCAUCAUCGCCUCUGGCACUGGUGAAUUCGAGGCCGGUAUCUCCAAGGAUGGUCAGACCCGCGAGCAUGCCCUACUUGCCUAUACGCUUGGUGUACGACAGCUCAUUGUCGCUUGCAACAAAAUGGACACAGUCAACUGGAAGGAAGACCGAUUCAAUGAGAUUGUCAAGGAAACCAGCAAUUUCAUCAAGAAAGUCGGCUACAACCCCAAGACCGUUCCCUUUGUCCCUAUCUCUGGCUUCAACGGCGACAACAUGCUUGAGGUCUCCGACAAAUGCCCGUGGUACAAGGGAUGGGAAAAGGAAACCAAGAGCAAGGUUACUGGCAAGACUCUUCUCGAAGCCAUUGAUGCUAUUGACCCCCUAGCCAUUGGUGGUAUUGGCACGGUCCCUGUCGGUCGUGUUGAGACUGGACAAAUCAAAGCCGGCAUGGUCGUCACUUUUGCUCCCUCCAACGUCACCACUGAAGUCAAGUCCGUCGAGAUGCACCACGAGCAGCUUGCCGCUGGUAUGCCCGGUGACAACGUUGGGUUCAAUGUCAAGAACGUCUCAGUCAAGGAAAUUCGCCGUGGUAAUGUUGCUGGCGACAGCAAGAACGACCCUCCAAAGGGUGCCGACUCCUUCAACGCUCAAGUCAUUGUUCUCAACCAUCCUGGUCAGGUCGGUGCCGGCUACGCUCCCGUUUUGGAUUGCCAUACCGCCCACAUUGCUUGCAAGUUCUCCGAGCUGCUUGAGAAGAUCGAUAGACGUACUGGCAAGUCGAUUGAAGACGCUCCUAAGUUCAUCAAGUCUGGCGAUGCUGCCAUCGUGAAGAUGAUCCCAUCCAAGCCUAUGUGCGUUGAAGCUUUCACCGACUAUCCUCCCCUGGGUCGUUUCGCCGUGCGUGACAUGAGACAAACAGUCGCAGUCGGUGUCAUCAAAUCCGUCGUGAAGACUGAUAAGGCUGGCGGAAAAGUCACAAAGGCUGCCCAGAAGGCUACCAAAGGUAAAUAA